AUGACUCAAGAUGAAGAAGAAUUCCCACAAACUUAUAAUGAAUUUAGAAGUGAUACUUUCACAACACCAACUUAUGGAAUGAUAGAACACGGAUUUACAAAUGCAACAUAUGGAGAUUCAGUUUAUGGUGAAGAUGAAUCAACUUUAAAAUUAGAAAAAUUAAUGUGUGAUAUAACUGGUAAAGAAUCUGCAUUAUUUUGUAGUUCUGGAACAAUGUCAAAUCAAAUUGGUAUUAGAGCUAAUCUUUUUCAACCUCCAUAUUCUGUACUUUGUGAUUAUAGAUCUCAUAUCUUUCUCCAUGAAGCAAAUGGAUUAGCAUCACUAUCUCAAGCUAUGGUUCACCCGGUUAUACCCUCUAAUGGAAAUUAUUUAACUUUUGAAGAUAUUGUGGAAAACGUGACUUUAGAUGAUGGGGAUAUUCAUGCUGCUCCUACUAAAGUCAUAAGUUUAGAAAAUACAUUACAUGGAAUAAUUAUGCCAAUUCAAGAAAUUGCAAAAAUUAGUGAAUUUUGUAAAAUGAAUGAUAUAAGAUUACAUUGUGAUGGAGCAAGACUUUGGAAUGCAUCUAUAGCUACAGGAAUUACGAUAAAAGAAUAUUGUUCAUUUUUUGAUUCAGUUUCUUUAUGUUUAUCUAAAUCAUUGGGAGCACCAAUGGGGUCAAUAUUAGUUGGUGAUUCAAAAUUUAUAAAAAAAGCAAAUCAUUUUAAAAAACAAAAUGGAGGAGGUAUAAGACAAAGUGGAAUAAUGACAUCAAUGGCAAUAUACGCAAUUGAAAAUAAUUUACAAAAAUUAAUAAAAUCUCAUAAUUAUGCAAAACAAAUUGGUGAAUUUUGUAAUCAACAUGGAAUAAUCUUGGAAUCACCAGUAGAUACAAACUUUGUAUUUAUAGAUCUUAAAAGAAAUAAAAUGGAUGAUAAAUUAUUAAUAAAAUUAGGUCAUCAAAAAUACAAUAUUAAGUUAAUGGGAGGUAGAAUAGCAUGUCAUUUUCAAUUAAAUCAACAAAGUGUUGAUAAUGUUAAAAAAUGUAUUUUAGAAACUUAUUUAUAUAAUCAAAAACACCCAUAUAAAUCUGAUGGGAAAAACAACAAAAAAAUGUACAAUUUUGACGCAAUAAAACGAUAG